UUUUUCACAAUUUUGCAAACGACCGGCACUUUCACAAUAUUGCUUGCUAUAGGUGCAUGUCUAAUAUUUUUACUCGAAUUAGAGAAUAAAAAUUUGCGCAAUGACAGACAUCUGUGAAAUUGUUCUUAUGCUAUUUAUCUGCAUCUUUGUGAUGGAGUACGGCAUGGUCUCGUCAUCUGUUGCUAUAAAUUGGGUAAAGUAUCACUUUGAGGGAGAAUCCUUUGAAGACAGAUGCUCCGUGGAAAAUACUCAAUUUGUGAAAGACGCCGUUAAAAAUCCAGUGACAUGCAGUAAAAUUUGUUACGAUGACGAUGAAUGCAAUUCCUUUUCAUUUCAAGCGGAUGGUCAUAAAUGCUCUGGAUGCCGGGAGGUUUUGAAACCUUUCCCACCGGCUAACUCGACAAGAUUUAUACAUUUUUCAAAAAGAGGAUUCGCAUCCGACUGCAAAGAAAUUCUGGAAAGGAACAGGUUUGCUGACAGCGGUGUUUAUACUAUAGUAAUUGGUGGCAACGAAACGCUACACGUUUACUGUGACAUGACAACCGAUGGUGGAGGGUGGACAGUUUUCCAAAACAGAUUUGAUGGCUCAGUCAACUUCGAAAGAAACUUUGAAACGUACGAGAACGGUUUUGGGGACAUAAAUGGUGAAUUUUGGCUAGAUCGGCAAUAA